AUGGCGAGCCCCGACGACGUCCGCGAGCUCGCGCGCUACUUGAGCGAGAACGUCGCCGUGUACGUGGGCAUGGAGCUCCAAGGCUCGAUGGAGCGCAUGCAGCUGCUCAACAACGUGCUCGAGAAGCUUUGUGACAAGUACGAUGGCAUGAAGGCCGAGAGCGCCUCGAUCGUCCAGUUUGCAGCGCAGAUGAAGCAGAAUGAAAAGGCCCUUGCCGGCCACAUGCAGAGCAUCGACGACGUUGACGAGGAGCUCACGGAGCUCGAAGACAUGGUCGACCAGUUGCAGCUCUACGCCGAGCGUCUCCACAGCAAGUUCGCUGCGAUGGCUUAG